AUGCUCAACGACGGCGCGGACAAGCUCGAGGCGAUGUUCUCCCCGGAGCUCUCCUCCAAGCUCGCGGGCGGGUUCGUGAAACCCCACGCCGUGCUCAAGUUGACGGACGUGCGGUAUAAAUCGGAAGAGAAGAGGGCGUUCGUGAGCGAGUUCGAGAUCGUAGACGACUGCGUGCUCACGGACGAGUACAAGGAGAACGCCGAGACGGAGACGCCCGCGGCGAAGAAGCGCAAGGUGGACGGAGGCGCGGCGCCGACGUCCAGCGGGAAGAAGACGCAGUCCAUCGCGUCCCUGAACCCGUACACCGGCAACUGGACGAUCAAGGCCAAGCUCGCGUCCAAGGGCGCCGUCCGCACGUUCCGCAACGCCCGCGGCGAGGGCCGCGUCUGCACGAUCGAGCUCGUCGACGACAACGGCACCGCGAUCCAGGCGACGAUGUGGAAGGACGCCAUCGACAAGUACGACGCGAUAAUGGAAGUCGGCAAGGUGUACUACGUCUCUCGCGGGUCGCUUCGCCCGGCGAACCGUCAGUACAGCAACGUCAACAACGACUACGAGAUGUCCCUCGACGGGAAGUGCGACAUCUCGCCGUGCGAGGACCCGUGCGACGUGUCCAAAAUGUCCAGGGCGUACGAGCUCGUCGCGAUCGACGCGUUGCCGACGAAGAUCGGGACGCGCGGGUCGGUCGACGUCCUCGCGUGCGUCGCCGCCGUCGGCGAGCUCCGCGCCAUCCGCCGCAAGAGCGAUGACUCCGAGGUCCAGGUGCGCGACAUCACGCUCCUCGACGACACGAAGAAGACGGUGUCGCUCACGCUCUGGGGCGAGCUCGCGACGGAGCAAGGCGAACGCCUCGCGAACGAGAUCGGCGCCGUCGUCGCGCUCCGCGGCUUGCGCGUCACGGACUACAACGGCGUGUCGCUCUCCACGGUGCAGCGAUCGGAGUUGAUCGUCGAGCCGUCCGGCGACGACAUCGCGGCCAAGGCGGACGCGCUCCGAGCUUGGUACGCGGCUGAAGGGUCCACCGCGGAGACGACGGCGGCGGGCGCGGGGCUGGCGACGGCGCGCGGCGGCGCCGGCGCCGGCGCGCCCGCGCAGCGCGUCGACCUCAAGGCGUUCCAGCCCGAGCUCCUCCCGCCGGCGACGAACAAGUAUGAGGUCGGGAUCCUCGGCUGCGCGACCGUGGUGCUCGUGAAGCCGGACCAGCCGAUGUACUACUGCGCGUGCCCCGAGGAGGGCAACAACAAAAAAGUCGUCGAGGAGUCCCCGGGGAAGUGGUACUGCGAAGCGACGCAGAAGACGUACGACUCGUGCCGUCGUCGGUACAUCCUGCGUCUCAAGGUGAGCGAUCACGCCGGCGGCGGCUGGGUCAACGUCUUCCACGAACAGGCGUGCCAGAUGCUCGGGUGCGACGCGGAGGAGCUGCACGCGUUGCGCGAGUCGAACCCCGCCGCGUACGAGCGCAAGGUGAAAGCCGCGCAGUUCAAGCCGUGGGGACUGAAGCUCAAGUCCAAGACGGAGGAGUACCAGGGCGAGCAGAAGCGACGGCUCACGGUGCUGACGUGCGCGCCGGUGGACUACGCCGCGGAGGCGAAGCACCUCCUGUCGCUCAUCCAGGGGACCGCGUGA